AUGCCGUGGGAGGAGGCGCGGGAGCUUUUGUGGCGCCAGAACCGGCGAUCGGCGCAGCGAUGCAUUGAGGAGCUGGAGCUCCGACUGCAGUACAGCGCGAUGGAUGGGCAUGGGCUCACCACGUGCCUGGCGUCGCUGGCGCGGUGCGGGGGCGCUUCCCCGGCGCUGGUGCAGCGCCUGGCGCUCGCCGCGCUGGCGGAGAGGCGUCUCAGCUACGGGGAGCUCAGGGCCACCGAGGCCGCCCUGGAGGCACUGGGAGGGCGUGCGCCCUUGGAGCUGCUGGCGCAAAGGCGUCAGAUCUUCCUCAAAGAGGCCCCGCUGCCGCGGCUGCUGAGGGAGCUGCAGGAAGAGGACCCGCCCAGCGAGCUUCUUGAGGCUUUGGUGUGGCGCCUGGAGGCGCUUGGGGAGGAGGCCCCCAAGCACUUCGAGGACCCCUUCGAGGUGCUGGAGCUAUUGGUGGCACGCCGCAGGCUGCCCACCAGCUUCCUGACCGCCUUGAUCGCUUGGGUGUCGCGAAAACGUGCCAAGGUCCGUGCGACAGCCCGUCAGCUCUGCGCCCUGGACGAUGCUGCCACGGCGCGCGGUCUCGGGAACCUCGAUGACGCCAUCCGGGGCUUUCUGCUGGCUCGACGAGAUGACCCACACCGGCAACACACAUAG